UUGUCCACAGCUAUUAUCCAUCUUGCAGGUCGCAACGACAGCUGCACUGCAAUUCGGCAUAAAACCAACUCUCAUGCUAAAGCGUUAGCUGUGUACGACAAGUCAUCGCAAUUGAUAGAAUGUACUAGUCUCUUUCAAGGUCGAUGCCGGCUGCGAAAUCUCCAUAACAUCAGCAAUAUACAGAUCGAAUCACCUGAGCCUAUGAUAGCGAACGAUGCCACUUCUUCAGCAGUGGUGUUUGUUGGGAUGGGACCAUCGAAAGAUCCAGUGUUGUACGUCGGCACUACUUUUGUAAGAGGGCCGCUUUUUCGCGACGAUAUCCCUGCUGUCACGUCAUUACGAUUAUCGCGUGGUGAUGGCGAAGCGAAAGAGUUCGAGCUGGCUGACAAAGGACUUGCAACGGGGACCGAGAUCAGCCUAGAAAGAAAAUUCAGAAGUGGAUUUGAGUCGGGACGGUAUGCUUACUUUGCUACCAGGCAGGGAGCGACAAUAGGAGAAGAUGCGCCGAUACAAUCUAGGCUCGUUCGAGUCUGCACAGGAGACGCGCAUUUUUACAGCUACACC